AUGGAAAGACUCAAGUCUCUUAAAAGUAUCCACCAUAUUUCCUUUAUUGCAAUUCUGGAACCUUUCUCUAAUAGUUCUCAGAUUCAUCAGUUUAGAAACCAUCUCAAUAUGGACAAUGCUCUCAGCAACCCAAAUGGUAAGAUUUGGUUGUUUUGGAACAAGGAAGUGGACUGUAAGAUUCUAGAAAAUGGGGAGCAAGUGAUUACUUGUGAACUUAACCAUGUAAUGAAUCCAAAUCAGUUCAGUGUUUCAUUUGUUUAUGCAAAAUGUAAAGAUCAUCUCAGAAGGCCUCUAUGGGAUAGCAUGCUGCAGCAGUCAAAUACCUCCCUUCCUUGGUGCUCUUUAGGUGAUUUCAAUGUUAUCACUGAACCUGAAGAGAAACUUGGGGGUAUCACAUACAAUAUGAGAAAGAGUUUGGAGUUCAUAAGCAUUAUUGAAGCCUGUGGUCUUCAGGAUUUGGGAUACACUGGGCAAAAAUACACUUGGUCUAAUCAGAGAGGCAUCUACUCUAGAAUAUGGAAGAGAUUAGAUAGAGGUAUGGUAAAUGACAAGUGGCUGGAAGUUAUGCCUCAGACUACUAUCACUCACUUACCUACUGUUGGUUCUGACCAUUGCCCUCUCCUGUUAGAAUUCACUGAACACUAUCAGCACCAUAUCAAAUAUUUUAAAUUUCUGAACUGUUGGACAGACCACCCUUCAUUUAUGGAAACUGUCAACAACUGCUGGAACAGGAAUAUUGAAGGUAAUCCAAUGUGGUGCUUCCAUCAGAAAAUGAAGAGAUUAUCUACUACUCUUAGUAGGUGGUCUAGGCUGCAGUUUGGGGACAUCUAUGCAAAGGUGAAAGAGUAUGAAGACAAGGUUAGACAAGCUGAGGAGGAUCUGAUUCUUGAUAACUCUGAGGAAUGUAGAACCAAUCUUCAUUCCAUCAAUGCUGAGUAUAUUAGAUAUCUAAAGUUGGAGGACUCCAUGCUCAAACAAAAGACUCAGUUGCAAUGGUUCAAAGAGGGAGACAAGAACUCCAAGUACUUUCAUGCAAUUAUCAGAGGAAGAAGAAGGAAACUCUUCAUCCAUAGGAUUCAAAAUGAUGAAGGUAACUGGUUACAAGGGGAUGAUGACAUAGCCAGGGCUGCUUGUGAUCAUUUCCAGAACAUUUUCACUGGUGAAGACACUCAUAUUCAGGAGGAUGCCCUUCAAUGUAUUCCUAAACUUGUCACAGAUGAUCAGAACAGGGACCUACAAGCUCUCCCCAACUUGGAGGAACUGAGGACUGUGGUCUUCUCUAUGAACCCCAACUCAGCAGCUGGCCCUGAUGGAAUGAAUGGUAAGUUUUUUCAGGAAUGCUGGGAGAUCAUCAAAGAAGAUCUAUUCAGAGUGGUCCUUUCAUUCUUUAAUGGCCAAACACUGCCUAAGUACUAUACUCAUACCUGUUUGGUCUUACUACCAAAAGUAAGCCAUCCCAACAAGCUCUCGGAAUUCAGGCCUAUUAGCCUUAGUAACUUUACCAAUAAGAUUAUUUCCAAGCUUUUAUGCCUCAGACUAGCACCCACUCUCCCUACUCUUAUUUCCCCUAACCAAUCUGGUUUUGUUAAGAAUAGGAGUAUUUCUGAAAACAUCAUGCUAGCUCAAGAAAUCAUUCAUCAAAUUAAGAAGCCUAAUGUAGGUGGUAAUGUGGUCAUUAAGCUUGACAUGGCCAAAGCCUAUGAUAGAGUUUCUUGGUCCUAUAUCUGUUUAAUCUUGAGGAGAAUGGGCUUUGGAGAAAGGUUCAUUGAUAUGGUGUGGAGGAUUAUGUCUCACAACUGGUACUCCAUCAUUAUCAAUGGCUCAAGACAUGGCUUUUUUCACUCUACAAGAGGCCUUAAACAAGGGGAUCCUCUCUCUCCCUCCUUGUUCAUCCUUGGGGCUGAAGUCCUGUCUAGGCUCCUGAAUAACCUCCAUCAGCAUCCUCAUUACCAUGGCUUCUUCAUGGCUAAGAGGGGGCCUCAAAUUAAUCAUCUCAGCUUUGCAGAUGACAUUAUCAUCUUCUCUUCUGGGAGAUCUCAAACCCUGCAACUCAUCAUGGACACUCUGCACACUUAUGAGAGUACCUCUGGGCAGUUGAUAAACAGAGAUAAGAGCCACUUCAUGAUCCCUUCUAAUGCCUUCAAUUCUACUGUUAGAAGGAUUAAGCAGGUCACUGGCUUCAGGCAAAAGAAUAGUCCCAUCACUUACCUGGGAUGCCCUCUCUACAUUGGCAGGCAAAAGCUCAUUUACUACUCUGAUCUGAUUGCCAAAGUUGUGGCUAGAAUAACUGGAUGGCAGGCUAAGAUCCUUAACUAUGGAGGCAGAGCCACUUUGGUUAAGCAUGUCAUCCAAGCCCUUCCCAUUCACCUCCUUUCAGCUAGCUCCCCUCCUAAUCUUAGCUACCCCCAUGAUGAAGGAGGUAUUGGUGUUAGACAAAUCUCUGAUGUGGCCAAGUCCUUCCAAUAUAAACAGUGGUGGACCUUUAGAACCAAGACCUCAUUAUGGGGAGAUUUCAUCAAGGCCAAGUACUGUCAAAGGUCCAAUCCCAUCACCAAGAAAUGGGACACUGGACAAUCUUUGAUAUGGAAGCAGCUUAUGAAGAACAAGCACAAAGUUGAGCCUCACAUCCAAUGGCAAAUACAGUCUGGCUCUUGCCUCUUUUGGUGGGACAACUGGUUGGGGGUGGGUCCUCUAGCUCAAUUCAACACCAACAGCUGCAGGCUUAACAACACCACUGUUUCAGCUUUCAUGAACAAUGGACAAUGGAACACUGAUCUUCUCAUCCAGCAGGCCCCACCACAGCUGGUGUCUACUAUUCUGGAUAUUCACAUCAACUACCAACCCCUCCAGCAGGAUCAACCAUGUUGGACACUAAACAACAAUGGGGAGUUUAGCUGUUCUUCUGCUUGGAAUAUCCUCAGAGACAAGAGACCCAAAACCAGGAUUAACUCCAAUACCUGGCAUCAAUUCAUACCUUUCAAAUGUUCCUUUCUUGUCUGGAGGGCCCUUAGAGGGAAGUUACCUACCAAUGAGAAAAUAACCAGCUUUGGACACUCUCCUUCACAAUGCCACUGCUGCUACAGACCUGGCCUAGACACCAUAGACCAUAUCUUUGUUGCAGGAGCUUUUGCCAAGAGUACUUGGAGUAUGUUUGCUGACUCUGUGGGCAUAAGCAAGGAGUACACCCCUCUUAGAAACCUACUAAUGAGAUGGUGGACCACAAAAUGCAGGAAUGAAGCUCAUAGGCUCCUGCUACAAGCUCUUCCUAUCUUCAUCUGCUGGAACCUGUGGAAAAAUAGAUGUGCCUCAAAAUAUGGAGGGAAGCAAUCUAACCUUGCCAGAGUAAAGUUCUCUGUACUCAAGGAUACAUAUCUUCUUCUCCACAGUGCUUUUCCUUAUAUAAACUGGCCCAACAACUGGAGAGACCUGGUUAUUUUGGUUGAGCAAUGCUACCAUGAUAUCAAGGUCUUCCCUGUAUGCUGGUCCAAACCAACUGACCACUUGGUGAAGCUGAACACUGAUGGCAGUGCUCUCACCAAUCCUGGCAACAUUGGAGGAGGAGGAAUCCUUAGGAAUGCAUCUUGUGAUCUCAUGUUUGCUUAUGCAAUCCCUUUAGGUUCUGGAACUAACAACCAAGCAGAGGUCAUACUGGAGGUUGAUUCCCAAUUACUUCUCAAAUGGCUGCAACAGGAAGCAAAGCCUCCAUGGUCCAUCAAAGAGCUGCUGGACAAGCUCAAUAACAUCAUCCACCAAUUCCAGGAAUUCAGCUGCAAUCACACCUUCAGAGAAGCCAAUUCCACAGCUGAUAGCUUGUCCAAAUACAGCCACAAAUGCUCUGCUCCUGAGCUCUAUUUCAACAAGCAGGACCUUCCCAAAGAGGCCAGAGCCCUCAUGGAGCUAGACAUGCUGGGAAUGGUAAGGAAUAGGGCAUUUCUUUUUUCUGUUCCUAUCUCUGUUAUAUGUGCAGGUACAUACAAACCUACAACUCAUCAUUCCACCAGUGGAGAAACAAACUUAGGUGCCUCUGGGUGCAGCAGUAGCAGGAUGCAACAAACUACAAAUGGAAGUUUGACAAAUCCAACUGAGGCAACCAUUCUUUGGAAGGCUGUUAGAGGAGGCAAUACCACAGGAUCAUGCAUAAGGAGCCCUUUGUACUGCAAUUUCAGCCUGCAUCUUACCUUCCUCAGCAACAACAUCCUGCAGCAACAAGCUGCAACUUUCAGGGAACACAUACAAUAUAACCUGCAGAAUUACUUGCCUUUGUGUUUUUCUGUCUGUGCAAUAACUACUGGGAAGCCACCAAGCAACCUGAACCAGAUCACAAGAGAGGAUCCUCUUUUCUGGGAAGCAUGCUCCAACACAAAAUUGGAACUGCACAUAAAUCUACAGCAAUGUCUCCACUCCAUCCAUGCACUCUCUAAUAGCUCAAUAUUUGCAGCAGCCCUUUGUGCAAACCCUGUCUUGCUGGCUUUUGUUUGUUGUGUAGCUGCAGGUACAUCAACAACUGGGGAGCUAUUCCAUCAGAAAUUGGAGAUAUCUAACAGGACUCCACAAAAGCAAUCCCAUUACUUCCACAAGGAACAUGGGUACAGCAGCCUGCAGAUCUCUUUGGCAAUGAGGUUUGGUGGUUUUGUUUUAUACAGGUACCCCAGCUGCAGCUCAUUCAUUGAACCUGCAUUGAUCCCCAAGAUCAGUCAUCCUCAGCUUCAUCAAUGUAGCUGGCAGACCCCCUUUAGAAAUGCUACAAAGGCUGCAGCAACCUGGGGCUACUAUGAAGCAGAACAAUCAGAUUGCCAACCACAUUCUCCAUUAUCAACACACCUCAGCAACAAGUCCACCAACAUGCAUCAGACAAGAAACAAAUACAAGUUUGUUGGUGUUGUUUUUCUGUGCAGGUACUCCAAGAAGGUUAACCAUCUCAAAACAAAGACCAAUAAGCAGCCUAACUACAAUGGAAGCAACAAGGAGUUGCACAAAAACAUGCAUCAGCCUUUUCUCUUCCCACAAUUGUUUGCCCCUAUGUUAAUUGAUAAUGCAGGUUCACUGAUGCACACCGGCUACAAUUUCAAAGUUGAGAAUUCUUGGCAUCACAAGGAUACUGCAGCCAUCAUCAUCAACCACCAUUUGUACCUACCAUAUGCAGCACAGCAGCAGAAUACAGUAUCUACUACUGAACCUAACCUGCAACAACAAUCAUGCUACCACUGCAACUAUAGAGGCAGCAAGGGAUUGGGUACAAGACUGCAACAACCAUGUUUGUUUGCUUCCUUGGCUAAUUCAGGCUAUCAAUUUUCUCCACAACAACUCCAAGGCUUGUGGAUACUAUAG